CUGAACUAAAACAAACCAACCUCACUCACUUGUGCUCUCGGACUGGACCGCGCAGCUAUUAGAAUUUUACAAUAUCAAUUUAAGCAUACAUUUGUGAAUCCAGUCAGAUUUCAAAUCAUAAUUUCCUGUUUAUUGCUUAGAUCAACCCAAUAUCCAUUGUGUAGCCCGCGUUAAAGCUUGUGCCUCAGUGCCUGUUAUCUCUCGCGCAACCUGAACCUCUCCCUAAAAGCAUGUCUUCGAAGCCCGGUGACGAACUAGGUUCGGAAGGGAAAUGGUUUGGGGACGAUUGUGAAAGAAAUGGCAUAUUCGGAAGUACACCACCUCUGUUUGAUGAGCUACGUGAAGAUUUAAAAUCGAAAAGCAGGGAAGAGACGAGCGACCUGGAUGAAAAAUUCCACAAAUUUGAGGACGAUGGGAAAAGGCCUCCCGUUGCUAUGGAAACUGCAUCUACAGGUGAUGCCAUGUCUGACCUUUUCAGGAAGCCCAUGAGUGAUGAUGGUGAACUGUACACCUCACUCCUGUCCAAUCAGAGCUACCCCUCAGGCCAGGAUGCCUCUUACCUGUCUGAUGACCUGAAGCGUUCCUCUGACCACUCCUCCCAGGACACCUUCGACUCCUACGGCAUCUUUGGUUCCCCCCACACCAAGAUGACCACUGACCUGGUUGAUGUGAUGCCCAAGUCCCUGCUGGGUAGCUCUGAGUUGAAGACGGAGGCCUACAACUACAUGGAUAUCAGCCAUGGUGAUGACGUCCACAACCUGAGCUGUCCACAACCAGCACCCCUGCAUAGUCUGGUGGACACCGGGCUGUCUGGCCUGGACUCCCUGGGAGACGACAUGGAUAAGAGCCCUGGUGAUGAUGUCCACAACCUGAGCUGUCCACAACCAGCACCCCUGCAUAGUCUGGUGGACACCGGGCUGUCUGGCCUGGACUCCCUGGGAGACGACAUGGAUAAGAGCCCUGGUGAUGAUGUCCACAACCUGAGCUGUCCACAACCAGCACCCCUGCAUAGUCUGGUGGACACCGGGCUGUCUGGCCUGGACUCCCUGGGAGACUACAUGGAUAAGAGCCCUGCAGGACACGAGGAGGAAGAGGAGGAGAACCUGGGACCGGCGCUGGACUCCCACUCCUUCCCUUACGUUGAGGAGCCUUCUGAGGAUGAGGAGCUGUCUGACUACCGCUCCUACCGCAACCUGGGCACCCCUCAGACCGCUAGCCCUGUGAAGAUCAUCCUGACCGAGUCCCACCCACCUGCUGCCCCCAAACCCAUCCUCCCACAGGCAAACGUGUCUGACAACAUCCUCAGCCUGGGCUUGCAGGGCGUCCCCACGGUUACGCUCUCUGAGCCAGAGGACGACAGCCCCGACUCAUCCCCCAAUGCAUCCCCAACAGAAAAAGAAUCCCCUUCCCAAGACCUGUUCACGUCUGUCCCCAGCAGCAAGCCGACCCCGGGAUCCACCAAGGCCAGUGAACAGGACGUCAGCAGUGCAGAGUCUGGGGACUCUGAGAUAGAGCUGGUCUCUGAGGAGCCCCCCCUGCGGAGCCCUCCCAGCACCAAGUCCAGUAACAACCCUUUUGAGCAGUCUCCCAGCAGCAAGGGAGGUUUCAGCCAGGCUGGCAACCCCUUUGACAACCCCCCCAGUGCCAAGGGACCCACAUCCUACAGCAUCCUGAGGGAGGAGAGGGAGGCUGAGCUGGACAGUGAGCUCUUCAUUGAGUCUGCCAAUGAGGAGAGCCCCAAGAGAGAGGGGUCCGGCCCCAAACAGGGGGUCAACACCCCUUCACCUCUGAUCCUCACCGCCGCGUCCCCCGCCCGCUCUGCCCCAGAACUGGUCCCAGCAGAGCCUGUGACGAGCUCCACCAAUAAAUCAUCCAAUGAAAAGAGCAAGAGCCCCAUGAAGAUGGAGGAGGAUCGCCCAACUAAGCCCAAGCCCCCCAUGGCCACCGUGCCCCCGGAGGUGAGGUCCGAAAAGCCCCUCCUGGAUGACAAGCACGUCACUGAGGGGAAAGGAGACCUGGCUACACCUGCUGCGCCUGUCUUUAUGGAGGGCUUUGACAAACAGAAAACCAUUGACCUGCUCUACUGGAGGAACGUGAAGCAGUCUGGAGCUGUGUUUGGCAGCGUGCUCCUGCUGCUCUUCUCUCUGACCCAGUUCAGUGUGGUCAGUGUGGGAGCCUACUUAACCCUGGCCGCCCUCUCUGCCAGCAUCAGCUUCAGGAUCUACAAGUCUGUGCUUCAGGCUGUGCAGAAGACCGAUGAAGGACACCCGUUCAAAUCCUAUCUGGAAGUGGAGAUCUCCCUGUCCCAGGAUCAGAUUGGUAAUUAUGCUGACAAGGCUUUGCUCUACGCCAACACCUGUAUGAAGGAGCUCCGUAGGCUUUUCCUGGUCCAGGACCUCAUCGACUCACUGAAGUUUGCUGUGCUGAUGUGGCUGCUGACCUAUGUGGGCGCUCUCUUCAAUGGCCUGACUCUGCUUAUUCUAGCUGUGGUGUCCAUGUUUAGCAUGCCCAUUGUCUAUGAGAAACACCAGGCACAGAUUGACCAAUAUGUUGGACUAAUACGGACCCAAGUGAACUCCGUAGUGGGGAAGAUCCAGGCGAAGAUCCCCGGGGCCAAGCGAAAGGAAGAGUAGACGCGAGUCUAGCUAACAGCGAGGUCCAGCUCAGACAGCUUGAUCAUUGUUGGAGAGCCUUGUCAUUAUCUGUGGGGUAGUAGUACUAUUUCAUCUAGGUGUUCUCUAAAACCAACCACUGAAGAAACCCUGACCCCAAAACUGUCUAGAACGGUUAACACAAAGUAAAUCACUCGUGUUCAAGAUCUUAUGUCUAGGUAGACAAGUACACAAUUCUGAACAACAAAAAGAACCAGCCUUUUUUUCUUUUGUGUUGCUUGUUAUUAAGUGCAUGACGUCAAGCCUUGAGUAAAUAUUUGAUAUAUUUUGUGCAGUUUUUCAUGCUACAUUUUUUUGCUGUGCUUACAACAAACUAAGAUUUGGCACAAAAAAGAGAUAUGCCUACAGAAAUGCUCUGCUGCCAAUGUUAAAUACCGCUUCAUGUUCGAGUUUGCUGGUGGGGCUUCUCUCAGUAUAUGACAAUAUAUAUAAAAUGAUUUCCUUUUGGUGUUUUCAAGCACAAAAUAAUUUGACAAUGUGUUUUAGAUGUGGUAAUUGUAGGGUUUUUGCUUUUGUAUAACUGUAAGGAACUAUACACAAGCUGGUGUUUUAGGUACCGUUGUUUGACUACCAUGAAGACAAGGAAUAUCUGAUGAUAUUUAAUUUGUUUGAAUUAACUGUCCAACUAUACUCAAUGUAGUUCUUAGACCCUGGACUAACUAUUUGCACUUACAGUAUGUAUUUCAUUACAGAAUAAGAAAAAUAAAUGUUCCUUGAUGUAUUA